GUUAAUUUCUAAAUAAUUGAAGUUUUCGAAAAAUCCUCCCACUGUGCAAACUGAUUCCAAACAGAACUUUUUGGCCCCCACUUAAACUUGGCAACUGCAGUUUCCCAUCGGCUUUCGUAAUUGGGGUUAGGUCCGGCAAUAAACACCCAGGCCAGCGAGUAAUAACAACAAAACCGAAGCCACAGCUCGAGCACCGUGUAUUUUCCGUGCGGGGGCCGCAGAAGGACAAGGCCGAGUUCAACAAGCAAAUCAAUUAAAGGGCUGCGCCCCGGAGCCCCAAAACAAAAGCAAAAGUCAAGAUUCGAGAUUUUUUCGAGCACAAACUCGUCCAUAUGUGAUGGUGGUGAUGGUGACCUCUAGAGAAGUCAGUCAUCAGUUGGCCACGUUAAGACAAUGGGGCGACAGGCGAUGCAUUAGGCGGACAAUAGCCAACACGAAACGUGAUCAAACUUUUCCAUCAAUUUAUGGCCUGUGCAUCCGAAAACAAAUCCGGUUCGAAUCUGCUGGAUCCAUCGAUCAAGUCUUGAGUGAGCGAUUGAAGAUCAGCCGCAGAUCAAGUUCAAAGUCAUCGGCGGCUAAUGUUGCUUCCGUUGCCAUUGGCACCGGAGCUGUGGCCCAAGAGUCUUGGCCAUAUAAAAGCCAUGGAAGAUCUUGGCAUCGGUAGCACACAUCUUCCGUUGAGCGCAGCCUAAACACUUGAAAAUCAUGAAAUUCCUUAUCAUUGCCGUUGCCUUUUUGGCCUGUGCCUUUGCUGAUGUCUCGGAGCUGUCUGGCUACGAUUACCAGCAGCCAGCUCCUGCUCCCGUGGAGACCUACAUCCCACCAGCACCCCCUGCACCUGCCCCGGCUCCAGUGGAGACCUACAUUCCCCCAGCACCCCCGGCACCCGAGUACAUCCCGCCCGCACCCGUUCAGGCCGAGGAGCCCGUGCUGGAGGAGAUCGAGCAGCCGGCCCAGGACGGAUACCGCUACAAGACCGUGCGUCGUCGCGUCUUCCGUCACCGCAACUAAGCAGAAAGUUAAUUGUUAUUGUUAAUUUGUUGACUCGAGUGUAAUUUGUAAAUAACAUCUCCGAAAAUGCACUUGAAGAGUAAAUAAUGAAGAGAAAUUGUAACUGAA